AUGGAGGAUAAUAUAUUAAACACAUGUAAUUCAAUAAACAGUAUAAACAAUGCGCCAUACAGUAAUUUUAUAACAUCAAAAAAAAGGAACUUCUUGAAGGAAUAUAAUAAUUAUGGCUAUGAUAUUGACCGUAAAAAAUUGAAAAAAUCAUUAUAUGAAAAUUUUGAGUUGUUAAAAAGGAAAAUACUAAAUGUUAAUGAUAUAUGUAUUGAUCAUUUUAAAGAUAUGGAAAAUUAUAUUGAAGAAAUUGAAGAGUUAAAAAGUAUAUAUAAUUAUUUUUUUAAUAGUAGUAAUAGUGUUUUAUUUGAUAAUAAUGAUUUAUUAUAUAUAAAUAAAAAGUUUUGUAGUAUUAAUUUUCAUGAUAUUUUUCAUAAUAAAAAUAUUUUUUGUGAUGAUACAAGAGCAUGUUUUAAUAAUUUUCUAAAUAAUGAUGCAUAUAAUACUUAUAAUAAUAUUCAAAUAAAUGACAAAGGGGAAACUAUUUAUAAUGAUAAUAUACAAGAUGAAAAUGAUAAACAUAGAAAAAACAUAUCCUUUUUUCAAAAAAAAAUGGAUAAAAAUAAAACUACUAGUUUAGGAAAAAUAAUAUUAAAUAACGUAUCAAAUCAACUAUUAUACAUUGAUGACUUAUCUAUGUAUGAUGUUUUAUUGUUGCUUUCAUUUGUUGUUAGAUUACAAGACGAACACAAAAAAAAUGAAAAAGAACAAAAAGACUUAGAAAGUAUUGCAAAUAUUAAUCAGUUAAAAAUUAAUUUUUAUUCAUUAAAAGAAAUAUAUAUAUAUUAUUACAAAGACAAAACAUUUCAAUGUCAAACUUGUGGAUUGAGAUUUACGACAAGCUUGGAUAAACUAAAUCAUAUAGAAAAUCAUUAUAAACAAAAUUAUAAUUAUAUUAACAAUUCAGAUAAAUUGAACAAUAAUAAAAGCAAAAAAAAAUAUAUUUAUCUUGAUAAUAUUAAUUUACCAAUUGAAUUUUUUGUGUGCAAAUAUUAUUCAUAUUUUGAAGACCUAUAUAAUAAUACAAUUACAAAAAAUAGUAGUUCAUUUAAUUUUAAUAAUCAAUUUGGAAGUACUCGAAAAAGUACCAAUACACGAGCCACAAAUGAAAGAUAUAAUUAUGAGAUGGUAAAAAAAGAUGGAGAGUUUGAAACAUGUGAAAAAGAAAAAAAUAAUUUAAAUGACAAUUUAUUAAAUAUUAAACAUGAAAAAUAUUCAACAGAAAACGAGCAAAUGAAUUAUGAAGAAACUCAAACUUAUAGAGAAGGGUUAAAUGGUAGUUUGGAUAAAUUAAAGAAAAAAAACAUUGCACAAUAUUUGACAUCUGAUAUAGAAGUUGACAUUAAAAAAAGUAACGAAAAUAAUCCAAACUUUAUUAUCGCGAAAAACGGGGUAGAAAACUUGUUUGAUUUUUCGUCUCUAAAAAACGAAAUAGAUAGAUUCCUUUUUUUAAAAGAAAAUGAAAAAGAUAAAAAUAUGAAUGAUAAAAGUACUAUAUCAAAUAAUAUUGAUAAUGAUAUAAAAUAUUCUGAUGAAUCUACUAAAGAAACAAGCUUUUUUGAUUUUAUAUAUGGUAAUCAAAAUACAUAUGAUAUUUAUUUGUCUAAUUAUUAUACUUUAUCUGGAGAUAAUAAUGUUCUUUUAAAUUAUAUAGAUGGUGAAUCUAUGUAUAAAAAUAUUAUGAAAUGCUUAGAAAUAGAUGAUUUUAAAUUUCCAUCAUGGAUACCUCAAAGAAGCAUACAAACAUUUUUAAUAAAACCAAUCGAAGAAAUAUAUCAAAAUGAUGAUGAUAUGAAAAAUAACAUUAAUAGCAUGUAUUCAACUCCCAAUAUAUGUAUCGAUAAUAACAAUGUUAACAUUUCUUACAUAAAUCACAGUAAUAAUAUCAAUGAUAAUAAUAUUCCAUUUGGCGAAAAAAAUAUGAAUGAAUCAUAUAUUAAUAGUUACACUACUAAAGAAGUGGGAAUAAUGAAUGAAAAGGUUGACAUUCAAAAUAAUUUGUGGAUGAUUUUCUCAAAAAGCGAUUUUCACAUGACCAUGAAAUUGGCUCCACUUAAUAUACUCUUAUCAACAUCACAAAAAUAUAAAAAAAUUUUAGCGUCAGCAGAUUAUGGAAAUGAUAGUUUUGAUAAAAAUUGUGUAAAAAACGAAGAAGAUCAUUUGCAAAUUGCAGACAAUAUAUAUAAUGAGCAACAUUUGGAAAAAAGUGAAAAAAUAAAAAUUAAGAAAGAAAUCAAAGAAGAAAAAAAUGAAACUAGCAAAAUUAAAGGAGAAAUAAAAAAAGAAAAAAAGAAAAAAAGUAAAAUUGAUGAUACACAUGUAGAAAAUAGUUAUAAAGAAAAAAAUAACGAAGAUUCUAAUCUAAUAAAUUUUAUGUCAUCGGAAAAUUUCAAGGAUGAUAAUAAUGCAUUAUUUUUUUCUUUUGUGAAUAUAUUUAACAGAAACAACAUUUUACAGAUAAAUGCAUUUAAAAAUAUAUUUCUUUACUACUUACGGGAUAGCUAUUUUACUCUGUUUAAUAAUUUAACAAAUGAUAUAAACUUUAUUGAAAUAAAAAAUAAGCUUUAUAAUUAUAUAUAUAAUAGUUAUGUCCAAAAAGCUCCAAUAUUCGAUUUAAACAAUUAUCACAUAUCUUAUUGUUUUUUAUGUAAAGAGAAAUUUAAUUAUAAAUAUUCCUAUGCAUAUAACGACUAUUACUACACAGAUGCUAUAUCAGUAGAUUUGGAUAACUCAUUAAAAAAAGAAAAUGAACAAACAUAUAAUUUCAAUUUUAACAUUAAUAAUAUUAAUCAAGAUGCUGAAAAAAACAUAUGCCACAAUCUUAGUUAUGAUAUACUUGAUACAAAAAUUAAUGAAAUGAACAAAUUUAUAAACAUGAUAAUAUUAGGCAAUGAAAAAUCCCAAGAACAAAAUAACAUAGGGAAAAAUUCAGAUGAAUUCAUUUGUGACGAUUUGAAAAAAAAUCAUGACAUAAUGGAUUCAAGCCCAUGCUUGGAACAUAUUUUUAAUAUGACAAAAAUUAUGCUCGAUCAAAAUUUUACAUUUAAUAAAACUGUUAUAGAACCAUGUAUAAAUUACAAUUAUAAUUUAAAAAGUUGCAAUAAUAAUAAUCGAAAAAAAAAUAUUUUUAAUGAAUAUAAUAAUUUAUAUAAAAAUUUUUGUAUUCCAUAUGAAACGAUGGAUAUAUUGUAUAAUUUAAGGAAAGAAAAUGAAUGUAACAAAGUAGGCUAUAUUAAUGACCCUAUUGAUUUCUCAUCUUUUUCUGAGAAUAUUCCUAAUAUUAACAUAAAUAAAGGAAAUAAUACCAAUUUUGAAAAUAAUAAAUAUGAUGCACAAAAAUUCCUUGAUAUAAACCAAGAAUACAAAAAUGAAGAUAUCGAAAAUUUUGUGAGAAAUUAUGAACAUGUCAUAGAAAAUAUAACUAGUUAUUCAUUAGAAAAUAUUUACAAAGAUAGAAAAGAAGGAACAAAUACAUUUAAUGAAAUUAUAAAAUGUUAUAUAAAUGAUAGUAAUCAUAAAAAAAACAAAUACAAUCAUAUUUAUUUCCCUUCAAAAAAUUAUUUACAUACUAAUUUUACAUAUUUUCAUAACCAAUGCUUUAAAAAUUAUAUAGAAUAUUACAUAUCACCAUAUUUUUUUUUAAGUAAAUUGGAUGAGGAAAAUCUCAACCGAGUUAUUUUACAUGCCAUCAAAAAAUUUUUUAAUGUGUAUAAAUAUGUAUGUAAAUUUGAAAGCAGUGAAAAAAAAACAAAUGCACAAUUUUCUGGGUAUAGUAACAUAGAUAAAUUAAAACAAGAAAAACCUGUGCAUCGAGAAAAAUUAAAAAAGAAAAAACAUUUUUAG